AUGGCUGCCCGUCAGAAACGAGACACCGCGGAGGUGAAGCUCAUGCCCCUGACCAGCGAGGAGAAGGAUAGAUGGAAUGGGUUCUGCGAGAUCGAGUCUGAACCAGCAUUCUUCAACGCGAUGCUACGAGACUUUGGCGUCAAGGGCGUCAAGGUGCAGGAAGUGGUGUCAUUGGACGAGGAGAUUCUGGCUUUCCUCCCAAGGCUUGCUGAUGAGACGGGCAGGAAGCCAAUUUACGGCCUGAUCUUCCUCUUCCGUUGGAGAGAGGAUGACCCGGUCAAGCAAGAACAGAGCUGCCCGGAGUCACUAUGGUUUGCCAACCAGACUGUGGAGAAUGCAUGUGCCACUGUUGCGUUGCUGAACAUAAUCAACAACAUCGAAGGGAUCGAGAUGGGAGAGGAGUUGAGGUCGUUCCGCGAGUUCACCAAGGACUUCAGCCCUGCCCUACGCGGCAACGCGAUUGGCAACUUUGAAUUCGUCAAGAAAGUGCACAACUCCUUCGCCAGGAAAAUGGACAUUCUUAACGCUGACCUGCUGCUGAAAACCCAGCAGGGGCGGAAACCCAAGGGCAAGGGUAAAGAGGAGCCAGAUGACUCCGAAGCAGGAUUCCAUUUCAUCGCGUUUGUCAAGGCCAAGGGGAGGGUGUGGAAAUUCGACGGGCUAGAACGUCAACCCCAGAGUCUCGGAGAAUGCAUGGAGGAAGACUGGAUCGGACUGGCGACGAGAGAUAUCCAGGCGAGGAUGGCAGAGUACGAAGAAGGGGAGAUCGAGUUUUCCAUCCUGAGCCUGUCCAAGGACCCGAUGAUCGGAUAUCUGGCCGGCCUGGCAUCAAACGUGAAGGCUCUCCAGGAAAUAAACCGACACUUAGCCGAACUCGGAGAAACAGGCGAGGCAGACCACGAGGACGCCGUACUGAACGGCCCAGACGAGCUAUACGGCCUAACCGCACCCAUGCUCGAGCUAGCAUUGGUGCCCGAACUAGCGACAGCCAAGGGUAGCAACAGAGCAUACGACCGUGCCGCCCUCUUGAGCGAACGCCAGGCCCUCGUCCAGCAGCAGGCCCUUCUGCGCGCGCAGGUCAGGGACGAGCAGCAGAACAGACAGAGCGAGCUCGACUACGCCAACAGCCGCCGCCAUGAUUACGGCCCUGCCGUGCAGACUUGGACUCGCCUUCUCGCCCGCAAGGGAAAGCUUAAGGAACUGCUUAGUUAA